AAUAAGACGCUUUUGUUGGCGCUAUGGCUUUCUCCCAGAGAUCAUUAUAAUUAGCGGUAUCGCUAGCCAAUAUUUCCAUUCAUUUGGAGCUGAGCGAGGACUUCAGUCGCGUUUGAGCGCUCGUGUUGAUUAGACGUGUUGACGAAGAUUUCUGCGAAAGACUACUUCUCUGAAACAGCAUCAAAAUGGUUAGCAGUAGCUAUAAUGUUUCAAUGCAAGGUCCUCCAGAGCCUGCGGAAGACUUAAAAAAAUCAGAGAGUUUACCGGGACCAAGUGACUUUCAGGCAACACAAAACAAGAGUAGUACUAUAGAAAAGAAUUAUCCUUAUUCGGAGUUGUUUCGUUAUGCAACAAUAUGGGAUCAUUUGACCAUUGCCAUCGGUGUGUUGGCGGCAUCGCUAGCUUCAGUUUGCGUACCAUACAAUGUCAUCAUUUACGCCGAAUUCACGACGCUGCUCAUAGAUCGCGAUGUGGGUAACGGUACCUCAACGCCUGCGCCGAUUUUGAAUAUUUUCGGCGGUGGUAAACAGCUUACAAGUGCGACUCAUGCCGAGAAUAUGCAGGCGGUUAAAGAUGAUGCGUUGGCUUUCGGUUUGGGCACGGUGGCUGGUUGCGUUGUCCAGAUGUUGCUAUUAAGUUUGGCGGUCAAUAUGUUGAAUACAGUGGCAUUGAAACAGAUUGCGCAGAUACGAAAAUUAUUUUUGGAGUCUAUUUUGCGUCAGGAUAUGUCUUGGUAUGACACUUCCGCUGGCAAUACAUUUGCCAAUAAGAUGACAGAGGAUUUGGAUAAAAUGAAGGAGGGAAUUGGCGAAAAGGUUGCGAUGUUUGUAUUCCUUAUAAUGACGUUUGUAGCGGGUGCUAUCUUCUCAUUUAUCUAUGGCUGGCUCUUAACACUCGUAGUGCUCAGUUGCUGUCCGUUUAUUAUUGUAUCAACGGCACUGGUGGCUAAAAUUCAGGGGACUUUCACAGAAAAGGAAUUGAAAGCUUACUCGAAUGCCGGUGCGGUCGCUGAAGAAGUCUUCUCGGGCAUACGUACGGUAUUUGCUUUUAGCGGCGAACGCAAAGAAACGGAAAGAUUCGCCAAAUUGCUGGUGCCAGCUGAGGUGAUGGGUCGAAAGAAAGGUUUUUACUCCGGUGUCGGCGCUGGCGUUAUGUGGUUCAUUAUUUACAUUGCCUAUGCGAUAGCUAUUUGGUUUGGCAUUCAAUUGAUAUUGAAGUACCGCUAUAUGGAUGAGAAAGUAUAUACCGCUGGAUCGUUAGUUAUUGUACUAUUCAGUAUUAUAAUGGGUGCACAGAACUUGGGCUUCUCAUUGCCCCAUGUGGAGGCAUUCGCCACGGCAAAGGGGGCGGCACAAAAUGUCUUUGCCACCAUCGAUCGCACGUCAAAGAUUGACCCCUUGAAUGAGAGUGGCGCCAAAGUGGAAAAAGUUGUGGGUGAUAUAAGUUUCGAAAAUUUGCAUUUCCGUUAUCCCGCACGACCAGACGUACAAGUACUUAAAGGGUUCUCAUUAAAUGUUCGCGCUGGCCAAACCGUUGCAUUAGUGGGACCAUCGGGUUGUGGUAAGUCGACCACAUUGCAGCUGCUGCAGCGUUUCUAUGAUGCACCGAAUGGUUGUGUACGUCUCGAUGGACGUGAUUUGCGUGAAUUGAAUGUAGGAUGGUUGCGUGCACAGAUUGGUGUAGUCGGUCAAGAACCAGUGUUAUUCGCUACCACCGUUCGUGAGAAUAUACGUUAUGGCAAACCCUCGGCAACACAUGAAGAAAUUGAGAAGGCCGCCCGUAUGGCCAAUUGUCACGAAUUCAUUGUCAAGCUACCAAGCGGUUAUGAUACGAUGGUGGGCGAACGUGGUGCGCAAAUUUCUGGUGGCCAGAAACAGCGUAUAGCCAUUGCACGUGCACUCAUACGAAACCCCAAGAUAUUGUUGCUGGAUGAGGCGACCUCGGCUUUGGAUCCCACAUCCGAACGUCGUGUGCAGGACGCACUUGAUGUGGCCAGUCAAGGACGUACCACCUUGGUGGUGUCACAUCGUCUUUCGACAGUGACCAACGCUGAUUUGAUAGUAUUUGUUAAAGACGGUGUUGUUGCUGAGCAGGGUACACACGAUGAACUUAUGCGCUCCGGCGGACUUUACUGCAAAUUGGUAAUGAUAUCGAAACGUAAGGAAGAAGAAGAGGCGUUAGCGAACACCUCCAAAACAGUGCGACAGCGUAAGCAACAAUUGCAAGUGGAUGAUAACUCCGACGAUGAAGAUGAAACGAGUAUGGACGAAGCGGACACGGAAAGCGUUGCAAGCAGAAAAAAAUCGAAAAAGAAGAAGCCUAAGGCGGAAAAGCAUAAGAUUACUUUUGGACAACUGAUGAAAAUGAAUGCUCCCGAGUGGCGUUACAUACUAAUCGGCUGCAUAGCGGCCAUGCUGCAUGGUGCUACAUUUCCAACAUGGGCUGUGCUCUUUGGUGACUUCUUUGGCAUUCUAUCCGAUCCCGACGACGAUUACAUCACAAGGCAAUCGAUAUUCUUUGCAAUUUUCUUCGUCAUUAUUGGCGUUAUAAGCGGUGUUAGCUCACUUUUACAAACCUAUAUGUUCAGCACCGCGGGUGUGAAAAUGACAUCUCGUCUGCGUAAUGAUGCGUUCAAGGCCAUAAUAAGGCAAGAGGUCGCCUACUUCGAUGACCAACGAAACUCAGUGGGUGCGCUAUGUGCACGCCUCGCCGGCGAUUGUUCGAACGUGCAGGGUGCAACGGGCUCGCGCAUUGGCAUCAUUGUGCAAGCCAUCUCUACACUAACUAUCGGCGUAAUUCUAUCGUUCACAUACUCUUGGAAUUUGACACUGGUCACCUUGGUUACUGUGCCGCUCGUGUGUGCUUGCAUACUGUUCGAAGCACGAUUCAUGGAGGCGAGCACGCAUACAGAGAGAUUGGCAAUUGAAGAUGCGUCGCGUGUUGCAGUGGAGGCAAUAGCUAACAUACGCACCGUAACCAGUCUUGGACAGGAACGCUAUGUGCUGCAGCGUUAUUAUGAUCAAAUAGACAAAGCUGAUAAGGCGUGUCGCAGGAAGGUGCGCUACCGUGGUUUGGUGUACGGUAUGGGGCAAACGGCACCCUUCUUAGCCUAUGGUAUUUCUUUGUAUUACGGUGGUAUUUUGGUAGCCAAUGAUGGGCUCCCCUAUGAAGAUAUUAUAAAAGUUUCCGAAGGUCUUAUUUUCGGCUCCUGGAUGUUAGGUCAGGCUCUAUCAUAUGCGCCCAAUGUUAGUGCUGCCGUACUUUCGGCAGGACGCUUACUAAAACUGUUUCAACGCACACCCGCCUUGUACAAUCCGUCAGAUAAACCAUAUAACACAUCCAUAAAAUCUGAAGGCGACAUUACUUAUGAAAACGUCGAUUUCAAUUACCCCAAUCGCAAAGGCAUAACUAUCUUGCAGAACCUUAGUUUAACCAUCAAAGGUGGCACUACAGUGGCUUUAGUCGGACCUUCAGGUUCAGGCAAGUCCACAUGUGUACAACUACUGUUACGUUAUUAUGAUCCUGUUCGUGGUGAAGUCAAUGUGAGUGGUGUACCAACAACGGAAUUCCCAUUCGAUAACUUACGUGCCGGCAUGGGUCUAGUUUCACAAGAACCCGUUUUAUUUGACCGGACCAUUGCUGAAAAUAUCGCCUACGGUAACAAUUUCCGCACUGACAUCCCUAUGGCUGAAAUUAUUGAAGCAGCGAAGAAAUCGAACAUACAUCAGUUUAUCACCUCUUUGCCACAAGGCUACAACACGCGUCUGGGCAGCAAGGGCGCUCAAUUGUCUGGUGGUCAGAAGCAACGCAUUGCCAUAGCACGCGCUAUGGUACGCAAUCCGAAGAUAUUGAUAUUGGACGAGGCUACGUCGGCAUUGGAUAUGGAAAGUGAGAAGGUGGUGCAAGAAGCACUGGACGCGGCGCGCAGUGGUCGUACUUGUCUGACCAUUGCGCAUCGACUUACCACAGUGCGAGAUGCGGACCUCAUAUGUGUGCUGAAGAAAGGUGUGGUAGUGGAGAAAGGCAAUCACGAAGAAUUAAUGGCAUUGAAUGGCAUCUACGCCGAGUUGUAUAUGAUGCAGCAAGUAGCCUAAUGGCUGGAUCAUCUGGGCAGUUACGUUAUAUGUCAUUAAUUUGUUAUUCAAGAUAACCUGAUAUUUAUGUACAUAAAGUUAAGUCGAAUGUAACGUAGCUUUAACUUUAUUGUUAUUUUUUAAGAGUAAACUAGAUAAAUACAUAGAAUUUUAAUUUAA